UUCUUUGUUUAAUUUCUAUUUCUUCUUCUUUGUCUUUGCUAAUUUGCUUCUACUUUCUUCUUCUUCUUCUUUAUCGUGAACCAAACAGAAUUCCUGAGGGAAAAAAUAAAGAAAAAAAUUAAAAGCUGAUGUUAGUUUAUAAAUAAAUGUUGAGGAUCUAAAGCCGAGCGAAACAAAGAGAGACGGAGGAGACGAGAAUUUGAGGAAUUGUUUGAUGCAAUCGAAGUGGUUGGAGGAAAGUUUUUGCUGGUUCUGGAAACUAAUUGUGAAGAUUUCUUUUGUUUUAUGUUGAAGUUUUUGAGAAUCCAUACAUUUGGAAGAUUACAGAGCUGUUUUCUGGAGAAAUUUGGACUGAAUUCGUCUGCAGAUAGGCAGAUCAAUUGCUGACAUAUUCAAAGGAUUAGAAUCCUGUAUCACAAGAGAGCCCGGAGAAUAGGCUGUAAAUGUCAUUAUUUUGUUGAAAUCCAAAGUAAAUUUGUGUUCAUAACCAUAAGACUGAAGCAAAGUUGUAACGGCUAAGGCUGAGUGAUUUCAGGUGUACACGAAAGGAUGGAGAAGGACUCACUAAGGAGCAAUAAUAACAAUGGUAUCGUUAAUAGCACUAACUACAGCAGAGAUAGAGCCGCCGGAGCAGGAGUCCACGGCGGCUUGUUAAGAUCCAGCUCGGAUCCGGCCAAGCAAACGGCGUCGUCUUCUGCUUUCGUUUUGCAGUGGGGAAAUCGGAAGCGUCUCAGGUGUAUGAAGAUGCAGGUCAAAGACGACCAGUCUGGACCGGUUAAUCGAACCACGGUUCGAGUCGACCGCCGAGUCGUGAGGGCCGACAAUGACUCUUCAAAUCAGCCUAGCAAUAAUAAUCACGGGAACGGAUAUUUAACAUCCGUCACGGCCUGCUUCCCUCAGGCUCCUCCACCUCAGCGCAUCUCAGGGCUGAAUUAUUUUCAAUAGGCUCAUAUAUAUUUG